AUGCAGGCAAUUGUACUGCUUCUGCAUCUGGGUUUGCUGAUAUCAUAUUGGUAUGGCAUGAUCAAACAUGUAGAACGACAUGUGAAUGUCAGUUCUCACAGUUUCCAUUCCCAACUACAGUCGGAGAUCGAUAAGACGACAAAACUUCUCAACCUGAUGAGCUCUUCGUCAACAACGAACUUAGCAAGAGUUCUAGCUUCAUCUCUCAAUGGAUCUAAACUCUCAAUUCCUGAGAUUGAGAACAAUGUUGGCCCAAUUUUCUUUCAAGCGUUAUCAAUAAAUCCACACUUGACCCAAAUUUCAUAUGUUGGACGCGAAGGUAUUGUUUUCUCCUACUAUACAGACGGGGAUCAAACCUUUGCUUUAUAUUCUAACUCUUCUUUUGACAUGACUCAUAAUUCGAGUAGUCCAAACGCCUAUUGGUAUACACAACUGGUAGACAGAAACACUGGAAAACUACUACAUGGAAACGUCGUUGGAUUCAGCCCCUCUAUCGCCUUUAACAACGCAAGCUCGUUUCGAAAAGCUUUAAACAGUACAAAUGGAUAUUCAUUUCUUGGAACAAGAUGGAACAAUACUCAAGACCUUUUGUUCAUCAACACAGCAAGCGUUAAUGGCAAUAAUGGACUCGUUGCUCUAGGGUUUUUGGUUAAGGAAGUGACCGGGUUUUAUACCGACCUCGAUCUUAAAGGCGGGAGAUCAUAUUUAGCCACCGUGGAUGGGAAAAUACUAGCUGGGGAUUCACUUCUUUCCUUUGAGUUGAUGAAAGCACAUGGUGAUCAAAUUGUUUCUUGCUACAGAUCAACUAGAUUUUCUAAUCAUUUGACUUUUCAGGGAAUGAAUUACAUGUUUCACUGUUCACAACUUGACAUGCUUGGAGUGCAAUCGGUUUAUGUAUUAGCUACGCCAAGAACUGAAUUAGUCAGCUUUGUGCAUAAACAUAAUAGAACAACACUCAUCCUCCUUAUAUCGAUAAUCGGCAUUAUGGCCGUCUCCAUUUUCAGCUUCGUUUCCAUAAUUUACAGAGCUGCCAUAAGAGAGAUGCAUCUGCGCGCGGCCCUUAUUAAGCAAAUGGAGUCAACUGAGCAGGCUGAAAGAAAGAGUAUGAACAAAAGUCUUGCCUUCGCUAGCGCCAGCCACGAUAUUCGCGCUUCUUUGGCUGGCAUGACUGGUUUGAUAGAGAUUUGCUGUGAUGAAGUUGCCAAAGGUUCCGAUUUGGAAGAGAAAUUAAGACAAAUGGAUGGAUGUACGAAGGACUUAUUAGGUCUAUUAAAUUCCAUUCUUGAUACAAGCAAAAUCGAAGCGGGUAAAAUGCUGCUGGAAGAGGAGGAAUUUGAUGUGGCCCAACUUCUUGAAGAUGUAGUUGAUCUUUAUCAUCCUACGGGUGCAAAGAAAGGGACUGAUGUAAUUUUGAAUCCUUGUGAUGGCUCCAUUUCCAAGUUUUCACAUGUGAAAGGUGAUAGAGGAAAGCUUAGACAAAUCUUAUGCAACUUGCUAAGCAAUGCUGUUAAAUUUACUUCAGAUGGGCACGUUAGUGUUCGGGCAUGGGUAAGAAAGCCAAGUUCGAAGAGUUCAAUAAUUGCUUCGAACCAGAGUGGUUUAAUGCGGGAUUUGUCGCGCUUGUUUUACAAGAACAGAAGAGGACAUGAUGAGGAUCUUGAAGACAUGAAUGUGGCCAAGAAUGAUCCAAACUCUAUAGAGAUUGUAUUUGAAGUGGAUGAUACGGGCAAAGGAAUCCCUAAAGAGAAACACAAGGAGAUUUUUGAAAACUAUGUCCAAGUCAAUGAAAUUGCUGUCGGACAAGGAGGCACUGGCUUGGGGCUUGGCAUUGUUCAAUCUUUGGUACGUUUGAUGCAUGGAGAAAUUGCGGUCGUAGAGAAGGAUAUUGGCGAAAGGGGUACCUGCUUCAGGUUCAAUGUUUUUCUUAGUGUUUGCGAGAACGCGUCUUUGAGUGAAACAAGAGAAAGCGAGGCUGAAUUGUGUUCUGGUGACUUAAUAUCUACUCCUCAAUUGCGUGUUCUCACCCCAAGUCCUAAGGUAGAAGGAUCUUACGUUGUAUUGCUAAUUCGAAACAUGGAACGACGUAGGGUUUCGAGGAAGUUCAUGGAAAGCCUUGGGAUAAAAGUACUGGUAGUGGAGAGAUGGGAACAACUUCCUCGUAGUCUCAGAAAAAUAAAACGCAAGUGGAACAAUUCCAGCAAUAAAUCCGAUUCGAGUACUCAAAAUGAGUGCUUGACAAAAUCUAUCUCAACCAAAAGUUCUUGCAAUAUCGGAGCAAAGGAUAGUGAGCCUUUUAGUAGCACCGCCAUGGACGGAACAGACUACGUACUUACUCUUUUCAGAAAGACCAAUUAUCUUAGAGGUGGAUCACUAGGGUUUGUAUUAAUGGUGAUUGAUGCAACUGCCGGACCAUUUUCAGAAUUAUGUGGAGUUGUGAACGAAUUCAGAAACGGCCUUCAAAAUGCUUGUUGUAGGGUUGUUUGGCUAGCGAAUCUGGUGUCUCACAGCAUCAGCUUCAACUCCUCCCUCGAAGGGCGAGUCAUCGAUUCGGACGAUAUCAUCAAAUACAAGCCAUUUCAUGGUUCCUGCUUGUAUGAAGUGGUGAAACUUCUUCCAGAGUUUGGGGGUUCAUUACCAAAUAGAGAAGGCAGCAGUACUGCAUCUUCGCAAGUUGGGAAAAUCUCUAAAGUUACUAAUCAACCAAUCUCGUCACCAAUAUAUGAUCAAAACGAGUACAAGGUCAACAUAUCUGAAAUACAAGAACUUGGAAGUUCAAGCAAUGAUGAACCCUUGCGAGGGAAGAGAAUUUUGGUCGCGGAUGAUAGUUCGUUGUUGCUGAAGCUAGCCAUGCAUAAUGUCUCAAAGCUUGGUGGAGCUGUUGAUACAUGUGCAAAUGGAAAAGAAGCUUUGGAACUGGUUUCCAAUGGACUGGCCAAUAAAAGGAAACAUGGAGACUCUACGAGUCUUCCUUAUGAUUAUAUAUUGAUGGAUUGUGAGAUGCCAAUCAUGAGUGGGUAUGAAGCAGCAAGGGAGAUAAGAAAGGUGGAGCAAUUAUAUGGUGUUCAUAUACCCAUAAUUGCAUUAACUGCUCAUACACCAGGUUCUGAGGAAGCCAACAAGACGAUCGAGGCUGGAAUGGACGUUUACUUGUGCAAACCCUUGAGAUCGGAGCAUCUCAUGGAAGCCAUCAGAUACAUCCAUAGUAAAGAUGAAUGA